GUCCUGGAAAGGCGACAAACGCCGCACGACAUCAGGAUCUUGCUCAAUGCGAUGUCAGUGAUCGCAACGUGCGCUUUACAUUCACCGCCACCAAUGGUUCUCUACAAAUUAGCUGUAUUGGUGCAAUCAUGUCCAAAGAAGAUGAGUCGGUCAAUGUCUUCGCGAUUCCCAACUUCUUGCAGCGGUCCAAAUGGCUGGAAGACCAACUGCCCCAAGCCGAUGCUGGCUUCUUUGCGCUCAAUUUAAUAGAACAAGAAUCGUCAUUUCUUACCAAUGUAUCUGACCCGAAACCCAGCGAACUCUUCACGCUUCCCGUGAUAGACCCUGUGCCUGAGCAGGAGACAACCGCCGCAAAUACCCCAAAAACAACUUGUAAAGAACCUCUGGACGACGAGGAAAGCGAUGAGGACUACUAUUGGCCGAUAGUCGACAAACCUGUAAGAAGUAAACCAGAAUACAAGACGUGGGAAAACUUUGAGUCACGCAGCGCUUGUUCGACGAAGCCCCUGUUCAUAACAGAAGCUGGCCCAGGUGCAUUUGAUGCCUUGGCAGCGCUUGAGGAAGAUCCUUUACGUCUUGGAAGCGCUGGUUUUACCGUGGUAGAUGCGGGUCUCUACUGCAGUGCACUGAUGGCCCUGGCUCUUGGCCGAGAAUCGGUCUUCUUUUCCUGGCAAGACGAAAUCGAGUCUCUCAAGCCGACUUUGCCGCAGAUCAGAAUUCCCGCUUACUCCGGCAAGGCUAUCCAAGAGGUUCAGCGUUCCUGCUUAAAGUGUGGGAACACAUACCGCCGACUGCGCAAGUUUGUCGACACUACGUAUUUGAAGAAUCCGACGCCUUGUCGCGUUGCUCUGGCGAGUGCUGUGGACAAGGCCCUCUUGGUCGUUCAGAGCAGCAUUGCCCUGAACCACCAACACCCGCGGUCGAUUCUUCAGGUCCAAUCUCUUGUCACCCAUAUAUACACCAUUCUCCGCCAGUUCGAGUCUCUGGUGUCAAACAUACGGCGAGGUCAUCUGGACGAAGAUGUGUUCGUCAUCGUGUUUCAGCAAGCUCAGUCUGCCGAGUAUGCCGAAACUCAUCUCAGAGAUAUGAUGCGGGAAGUUCUUCGCCGGGUGUCAAACCCUUGGAUUGAACUGGUCGAAGAGUGGAUUGGCACCCGACGCGAAGUUGGCGUGCCUCUGGGCAAGCACGAGGUGGGCAGGCGGAAAGGCUUCAUCAAAGUUGAGUCCGAGGCCUACAUCGACGACUUCGGCGACGAGGUAGACGAAGUCGACUACCGCUUGGAUAAACAGCGGAUACCCAGCUUCAUGCCGGAAGACAUAGUGAAAUCUCUCUUCGAGGUUGGACGAAACCUUCGUUUCAUCAGGUCGACACACCCAAAGCAUCCCUUGGCGCAAGCCAAUGUUGUCUCGUCAAGCAAACCUCCUACGCUAGAGUGGCUAUUCGACUGGGACUCCAUCGUACACUUGGAAAACAGAGUUCGUUCGUAUGAACGAGGCUUGCGAGAAGUCGUCAAAACCUAUUUCACAGAAGAAUCGGCAGAAUCCAAGGAGGUACCGGCUUGGCUGAUGAGUGAUUCGCCAGUAUACCAAUUACAACUAUUCGGUCUGGAUGAGAACGAGUUGCAAAGCAAAUUGGUGGCAUCCAUCCACGACUUUGCACAGCCGAUCGCCGACUCCACAUCAGAGGACCAGCUGGGAAUCAUCAUCAGGGAUCGCCUAUCCGAUGUUACAACCGAAGCCGCGAACGCUGGCACUGAUUUCACACCGCACUGGUCACUCCUUCCAGUCCUCUCAUUUGGAUCGAUCAUAUCUGCACAAUCCCGAGUUGUCGGCAGGGAAAGCCUAAGGCUGCUCUUCACGUCCCACAAUCUGCGCGAACAUUUGAAGCUGCAGAAAGAGUUCCACUUGCUAGGCAAUGGCUUCUUUUGCAGUCGCCUAUCCCAUGCUCUGUUCGACCCCGAUCUCGAGACAGCGGAGAGGCAGGCCGGUGUUGCUCGCCAAGGCGGAGUCAUGGGGCUGCGGUUGAGCGGCAGAGACACUUGGCCACCAGCCAGUUCGGAACUGCGCCUAGCACUGAUGGGAGUUUUGACGGAGAGCUAUGAAGGACCUGUUCAAGAAAGUCUCAAACCCCGAGACGGCGAAAAGAAUGAGCUUCCGGGCGAUCUGAGUUUUGGCGUUCGAAAUUUGUCUAGCGAAGAGGUCGACAAGUGUAUGGACCAAGACGGACUAGAAGCGCUUGACUUCCUUCGGCUGUCGUACAAGCCCCCGGUCGCACUCGGGGCCAUUAUCACGCCUAUUGUGUUGGUGCAAUAUGACCGGAUUUUCCGGCUGCUGCUCCGGGCACUCCGGAUGCAAUACACCGUCAACCGCCUCUUCCGCGAUGUCACGGCUAGGGAGUCUGGUUGGCACGAUGUCGAAGCCGUAUCGGUCCGCUUCUGCUUUGAAGCUCGUCAUUUUGUCUCCAGCCUGAACUCCUACAUCUUUGACACCGGUAUCGAGAUGCCGUGGCAGUCGUUUGAGAGUCUGCUUGACAGGCUUGAAUCUGGUCUUGGAAGCGAGGACCAAGAGACGUUAUCUGGGUCGGUUCUCAGCCCCGACCGUCUGCGAGAACAUCAUUCCCAAACACUUGAUCGGAUCAUGCUAGCACUGCUUCUGCGGAAACGACAACAGCCUGUACUCAAGCUGCUCGACGAGAUCUUCCGAGUAAUAUUGAGCUUUGCCAAAUACUCCAGAGUCCGCGCCGAUGGGCGAAGGGCUCGCAGCAAGGAUGAUUCAACAGCGAGAGGCCUCUACAAAACCUUUAGGCGGAAUGUUGAGGUGUUCUUGACAGUUUGCAAAGGGCUGAGUGAGAAGGGAGACUAUGGACCGAGGAAAGAUGCGGUGAGCCGGACUGAAGACUCUGGGAGGGUUGACUCGCUGGACGACAACCCCAUUGCCCAGCUCAUCCUGAAGCUUGACAUGUCUGGCUACUACUCAAAAGUGUGAGGUUUCACGCAAACAGGCGGAACAGUUGGAUCAGAUGGUAGAUUGAAAGAUACCCCCUCGGCGUUAAAACAAUGAUGAAAUGCUAGU